AUGUCCCUCUUCCAGCUAUGCAACACAGCUACACUCUUCUCUACACCAUCUCCGGAGAGCUCUGAGGAUAAGCACUCCUCAGCGAUUGAUAUUCCGUUUGAUGCCCCUGGUCAUGAAUUGCCGGACGAAAAGGCGAAGGAGAUCACCGAGGCCGAAGGUAAAAAAGUCGAGGAGCUGAUGAAUCAGUUCACCAAAGGCUUCGAUCCCGGCUCCUUUCCCAGAGAAGUCAUGGCCGGGCUUCCACUGUUGUCUGAGAGCCUGUUUCCUGGUUCAUACGCUCACUUUUUGAUCAUUUUACUCGAAAAUUGUGGCAGGAUGCAUGGAGUUCAGGAAAACUUGGAGAAAUGGCUUCAUGAGCGCUACAGGCGUUGGACAAUCACUCAUCCCGAUCACACCAGCAUUACAGAUGAGACGUUCUUUGGUGCUGAGCUUGAAAUGCUGAGAAAGCUACUGGCGCCAUUGAGUGCGGAAAAUACUACGCCCGUCUACUGGAUGAAUUCCAGACAUAUUCAGAGUGUCAAGGUGUGCCAGCAACUGGAGGCAUCUGUGAAAGUGAUUGAGGAAUUUAAGCGGUACAUUAUGUUGGCAGUAAAAACAGACGAGGAGAACAAAACCAUCUACAACCCUCUCCCAGUCUCACAGGCAAGAGCCGCAAUGAUGAGUAUGAAGGAUAUCCGACUCCGCGCAUGCAAGGCUUCCCUGAGUUGGGAUGGUUUCCCAGAAUCUGAUAUCGAGCUUACCGUGUUUCACCAAUACUACAAGAGCCAUCUGGCGAGAUGUAACCCCUCGAAAGCACGCGCAUCUGGAUGGCUACCACCAUCGUCCCAGAAGAUUCCUCGCGCCUCCACCGAAGAAGCAGAACCAGGUGAUUUGGCUCACUGGCCAUCGGAGUAUUCCAACAAUGUUGCCCUCAACUUGAUGCUCAAGACAGCGCUGUGGUUGAGCAUGGCGAGAGGGUUAGCUGCAGUUCAUCUUUUCUGCGACGUUGCCAGACAUUUCGCUAUCCACAAGCCUUCUGUAGUGGCCAGUGACGAUUAUAUCUCUUACUUGCAGCUCCUUACUCAGAUUCGAAUAUCGGUCGACGGAGUUCGCUCGCGUCGCUCUACACCUUUCCCUUACCGUGAUGAGACCUUAUCCCGCUACAACCCAGACUACUUUGGCGAUGUGUGGCGAUCCAACCAGAGUUUGACAGCUGACCUUGUCGAGAAUGUAUCUUUCCUAAAGCAACCUGAUACGAGCUUCAAGCUCGCAGCGGCCCCGCCUUCUCGUUCCUUUCGUAAAAAGACGCGUACGUUCGAACAGACUGCAGCAAUCCAGGGGACCAUGGCUGGGACCAGGCCUCCGAAGAACGUUCGCACCAUUAGCAGACAGAACUCCGAUGGCGAGGCACGAAAGGCGUCCGAGCCAACGGGUCUUCCUGGAACUAGAACUAGAGUCUCUACUCUAACCCAAGCCAUUAAACGAACCGCCUUGGAGAAAAACUAAAUAGAUUUCGGUCCUCGACCUGAAGACAUAGUGCUUCACAGAGUCCAAACUGGUGGUCAUUGU